AUGAUCGUUCUGUGGGACGUGGACACCGGCGAGCCCGUGCGCACGCUACCGUCCCCUCACGCCAACGGAGUCGCGGCGAUGGACCUCACGCCCGGGGGCGAUUUCUGCGUCACCGUCGGCGCCAUCGAAGACCCGGGCGAGACGCAGGAGGUUCACGUGUGGGACCUCGGGGACGAGGACGCGUGCGAACCCGUGCUCUCGGGCUCGAUUCCCGCCGGGGACGUCCAGACGUGCGUCAGGUUCCACCCCAACGCGCCGACCGAGUUUGUCACCAACGGCGCUUCGAGGGUGUUUUUUUGGUCGUCGGAGAGCGAGGCGACAGCGGAGCUUCGGUACUACUCGCCGCCGGUGUCCGCGAAGGACUUCAAGCAGCCGAUCGGCGCGUUCACCGUGUCUUGUUUCCUGGUGUCCUCGCACAAGGACGUCGCGGGUCAGGGGCGGUGCGUGACGGGCACCGCGGAUGGCGACCUCGUGGUUUUCGACUCGGGCGGCGUGCCCCCCGGCGGCGCGGAGCGCUUGGAGCGACGCGGCAUGCGCCCCGGGGACAGGCGCGCGGUGAAGAUCAUCCGCGUGCAUCAUGCGGCCGUGACGCACCUCGGGACCACGGGCGGCGCGCGUUACGGCGCCGGACGUCCGCAGCUGGUCAGCGGCGGGUCCGAGGGUAACGUGAGGUUUUUCGACCAAAAACUGAGGCUGGUGGCUUGGUUCGACGGGCUGGAGCAGGGCGCGGUGACCUCCGUGGCGUUUGUCGCGCAGAGCGAACUGCACGAGAAGUACCGCGCGUCUCUUGACGACGUGGACGAGGAGGACGAGGUCGAGAUUCCCGGCCAGACGCUGCUCAUGGGCGCGUUUGACGCUCCAGACUUUGUGGUGGGCACGGAUCACUCGACGAUUUACGCGUUUUCUUCGGCGACGUUUGAGGAGAGCGGGAGCGCCGAGGCUGUUCGUACCGCCGAGGAGCUCGUGCGCGGAACCUACGACGCGGUCGUGGACAUGGCGUCGCACCCGACCGAACCGUUGCUGUUCUGCCUGGGCGGCGGGGGCGUCGCGUGGACGUGGGAUUACGAGGGUAAAUUCGUGGUCACGAAGACGGACCUGGCGGAUAAGGGGAAGGGUCCCAAGCCCACCGCGGCGUGCUACCGGUGCGACGGUCGCGGAAUCCUCGUGGGCACGUCCAACGGUGCGCUCAAGGCGCUGGAUCCGAGGACGCUCGCGGACGUUCAGACGAUGCGAUUCGGUAAGGACGCGGUGACGAUGCUCGCGAUGGCGGAGGACGACGAGUACGCCGCCGCCGCCGACGCCGCGGGGUGCGUCGCCAUCUUCAAGCUCCACGGCCCCAUCGUCCAGCCGGAGUCCGAGGAGGACGAGCCCGAGCGCGCCUUCGACUUCAUCGGCAAGUACCGGGCGCACUCGACCAAAAGCCCGGUUCGAGGUUUGGCGUUUAAAUCGCGCCCGGGGGGCGGACUGGAGCUGGUAUCCGUCGGCGCCGAGGGCCGCGUCGUUCGGUACGACGUUUUCAACUCUACGGAGGAGGGCGGGGUCAAGCUCAUCGACGUCAGGGACGACGCGAUGGGAGGACCCGCCGCGGGUGGCGUCGCGUCGCCCACGGCGUUGGCCUUCAUGCCCGAUCCCAGGCGACCCGACGCGCUGUCGCUCCUCGUCGCCGACGACCAAUACAAGAUUCGCACCGUCGACGUGGACACUCUUGUAACGACCCGGACCGUCCUGGGCCCAACCUUCGGCGGACCCGUGACGUCGAUCGUCCCGUUCAACGUGGGAGGGGACGCGUGCGGCGCGCACGCGGCGUACGCCACCGCGCGCAAGGUUUGCGGCGUCGCGGCGAUGCCGUUGGACGGAGACCCGGCGAGGGCGAUGGGGGUGGUGGCGCACCCUGCGGAGGUUGGCGCCGUCUGCGUGGCGCGCGACGACGUCGCCGUGUUCACGGUGGGAUCUCACGCGAGUAUAAACGAGGGGUCCGCCGGUAGGGUGAUCAACGUGUGGAACGUCAGCAAAGAGGCUGUGGACGCGCAGCGCGUCGGGAGUACCGCGGCGGAGCGAGUGGCGGAGCAGCUGCUGGAAGGGGGCGCGGACGGCGAAUUUUACGGCGAGGUGAAGGAUUAUUAUCUGUACUCGCAGCUGCGCGCGCAGGGCGAGGACAGCACCGCGGACAGGCUCGCGGGCAUCGACAAGCCGGUGCCCACCUCGGAGAUCCCUCGGUUGCUCAGGGCGCUGGGCCACUACCCGUCCGAGCGGGAACUCUCUGAUAUUUUCCGGGAACUAGCGGUGGAGACCAGCGGAGACGGCGACAUGGCCGCGGAUCCGCCGGCGACCAUCGGCUUCGACCGGUUCGUGUCCUUGUACGUCAACUACAGGCCCAUGUUUGGCGUGGACGCGGGCUCGAUCGAGUCGGCGUUCGAGGCGCUGGGCGCCGGAGCGGGGGAGUCGGUGGAGCGUGGUUCGCUGCUGGAGGCGUUGGAGCUCGGCGGCGAGGCGAUGUCGCGCGAGGAGCUCGUCACGGCUGCGGCGAAGCUCAUGGGACGGGGCGCGACGCUGGAGGAUCUGGUGCCGGAGACGGUGUCGGCGAGGGAGUUUGCGGAGGACGUGCUCGGGUUCGUCGGGGCUGCCGAGGAGAUUCCCGUGGAUGCCUAA